UAGGACAGAGAGAUGACAGGGAUCUCUGCCCACCUAACGAGUGCCUAAAUGGGACACCUUUCGCACGAUGAUGCAAAUGGAAAAUAAACUGGAGAGAUUUGACAUGGGGUCUUUCUAGUUCGCUGAGUGCAACUUUCUUCUUUUCACCUUUCCUUCUUUUGUCGCCCCCGGUUCUAUACAUUCUACUGGUGACACUUCCUGGUACCGAAAUGCUCAUGCAUACAAAUAGGAUGGCGAUCGGUUGUCCUAUCUGUAAGAGUUCCUACUGCGCCCUGAGCAAGCACCUGCAGAGGAACCAUAGUGUGCGUAAUUUAGUUGAAAGAAAAAUCCAUCCCUGCACCAUUGCAGGAUGCGAGUGCGUCGGGACAAGGCUGGACCGCCACUUGGACAGAGACCAUGUUGAGCUGUCCCGGGAGGAAAUACAUGUGGUUGUAACUAAACUAAAAAUGACAGUGGCCACGAAGGAGCUUCAUGAACUCAGAUUGACAAACCCCACAGUAGCAAUGAUUACCUCUUGGGAUGUGGACACUGUGGGUGAUGAGGUCCUGUCACAACCUCCACCCUUGUCCCCAGUGAUUGAAUGUGACAACCCGGACUGUAAGGAAUGGAGGAUGGAGUCAAACACAAUGAGGGCUCAGAGGGACAGAUAUGCUGCUGAGGUGAAAUCCCUGCGCUGCAUGCUGCAGCAGAGGAUAAAACGUAAGCGACAGAGGAGCAACCAGAGGGCCGAGGACAUGCUUGGGUUCGAUGAAGAGGAUGGGGAGGAACAAGAGCGGGUGUUUCUAAGGAAACAACCCCGAACAGAGUCAACACCAAAGAGGCUGUCCAAGUCCAAAGGUCCCUCCUGCAGGAAGUCCCCCAUUGCCUCUCACACACCUGUAUCCAGCUCCUCAGAACCGGCAUCCAUAGAUACCGAGGCCUGGUCAUCCUCCCCUCCCAUACAUUCCCCCUGGUUCAGCGGCAGGGGCCGGGGGAAUAGAAUGCGGGACAUAACAUUCCCACGCAUCAUGGAGAAGUAUCUGCAAGGCUACCGGGACCAUUAUGAGGGCAUCGACCCAACAGUGAGGCUCCAAGAAAACGCAGUCUCCAAAAUAAGCAGAGUGAAAUCAUUCCUAAGCUUCAUGGCACACGGUUUCAAUCGCCUGUCUGACUGGCUCUUUCUGAGGGAUCUGAAGAAGAUACGUGGGUGGUCCCGGAGCCUGAUAAAGUCAAGCCUACAGGUCACGACCUGACUUCUAUAUCAAAAAUAUAUCACACUUUCUCAAGUACAUGUAGGAAACACCAUGCAAGGGGAGCAGGCUCAACCACAACGACAUGAUUUUAAUCACACGGGAAGUUGCUGCCAUCCUGAAGUCCCUGAGAAAGAAGGUGGUUAUCCACCAGAUGCAGGUGAAGCGGGACAAGAUGGAAGGUCUGCCAAGCCAUAAAGACAUCAUGGCAUGUUUGACUGCGGCCAAAACUCGCAUCCCUCAGCUCCUGGACGUGAUGACCAGCAAUCCGACUACCGCAACCCGGAUACUGCUGUAUGGGUACAUGACCCUCAAUUGGAGAUGCAUUUAUGGGCACCGUCCGGGGGUCUACUCCAACAUGACCAACGCCGAGGUCCGAAAGGCGGAGACAACUGGCACUGCCUUUGGCUACCUCAUCCACGUAAGCAACCACAAGAUGGCCAACGCGUUCGGGGAAGCGCAGCUGUACCUCACCAUAGAAGAAUUUGGAUGGAUGAAGAGGUGGCUGGAAAUCAAGGGGACGCUGACCGGCACCAACAACCGCUACUUCCUCUGCACAGCGGGGAAGAACCCAUCGAGGAACCUUGCCUCUUUCCUGAGGUUAGCAUGGGCUGAUGUGGGACUAAAAGGUCCCAUUAACUUCACCGACCUCCGCACAGUCCACGCAGAUAAUGCGAAGAGGUUUCAGGACAUAGGCAACCGCCAAAGAGUGAGUGAUUUCAUGUGUCACAACACUGCAACUGCAGACACAUUUUAUGCCAAGAAUCCUUCUUUGAAGGAGGCUGCGGACAUACGGCUGCUCUUCACAGAGUCACUGCAAGCAGCGGCGGCAGCAGCAGCAUCAGGGGGGAGUGAAGACAAUUUGGGGGACAUUGACAUCCACAGUGACAGCUCUGGAGAGGAGCAUAGCCCCACUCCCUACCAAGACUCCCCUGAUACCGAGACGUCAGAUGAAGAAUUCUACAAAAACUUCAACGCUUGGAGAGCGGCGAAGAGGGAACAGUCAAUGGCCGAACACAGUCCCUCAGACACGGGUGAAGAGAGGGUGCCAGCCUCUGCACCAACUUCACCCGAUACGGACAAUGUUGCCAGUGACCAACUUGUAAAUAUGCAAUGUUUUGUUGUACUCAGUCCCCUUGUGCUGGAUGAGUUAAUAAUGUUAUAA